AUGAAAGAAAAGUCGAUUAUACUAUCUGGUGAUCAAUUAACAUUAGAAGAUGUUGUAUCUAUAGCUCGUUACUAUAGGAAGGUUCAAUUGACAGACAAUAAGAAUGUUAAAUCCCGUAUGAAUACAUCAGUUGAUGUUAUAUCUAAUGCUGUUGAUCAGCGUUUGCCACUGUACGGUGUUACUACUCAGUUUGGAGGACUUGCAACACAAACUAUAGAAAAAUAUAUGUAUGAAGAACUUCAGAGCAAUCUCAUAGCAGUGUUCCAUAUGGAUACUGGUCCAUCUUUACCAUUGGAAGUUGUACGAGCUGCGAUGGUUCUACGAGACAACUCGCAUCUCAUUGGUACUUCAGGUAUUCGUCAAAUAUGGAAUGAGUAUAUGAUUAUUUUUUUAAUGAACAAUGUCACUCCAUUAGUGUCUCGAUUGGAACAUUAA